UGCCCAAGUUGACGACCGAACCAGCCAAGUCUUCUUCUCCUACCCACACCAGCGCUCAUUCCCCGCAUCGCCACCUUCCUCCCUUCCUCUUCCUCCCCAUCUCACUCGCAGCCAAUGGCGGACCAGCUCACCGACGACCAGAUCGCCGAGUUCAAGGAGGCCUUCAGCCUCUUCGACAAGGAUGGGGACGGUUGCAUUACCACUAAGGAGCUGGGAACUGUCAUGCGUUCACUGGGACAGAAUCCAACCGAGGCAGAGCUUCAAGACAUGAUCAAUGAGGUGGAUGCCGACGGCAAUGGAACAAUUGAUUUCCCUGAAUUCCUCAACCUUAUGGCCCGCAAGAUGAAAGACACUGAUUCUGAGGAAGAGCUCAAGGAGGCAUUCCGUGUGUUCGAUAAGGAUCAAAAUGGUUUCAUCUCUGCUGCUGAACUGCGUCAUGUCAUGACCAACCUGGGUGAGAAGUUGACUGAUGAGGAGGUUGACGAGAUGGUCCGUGAGGCUGAUGUUGAUGGUGAUGGCCAGAUCAACUACGACGAAUUUGUUAAAGUCAUGAUGGCCAAGUAAGUUGCAUUACCAUCUGAGGCAAGCUUCAGUAAUCAGACCAAAAUAUUUUCCAUCCGGUUGCCAUGGGAUGGCUAUAGUAUUGAACAGAAAACAAUAUAACACUGCCAGACUUAUGUGGUGUCGUAUUCUGUAGCCAAUGUUUGUUUGCAUUGAAGGUUUUAUAGGUCCUGCUUUGGUCUUCCUCUUCACUGUCUGUUCGGUUAUUUAUGUUUGUUUCGUUUGAACGUUUCAAGAGUGUAGCAGCAAUGUGUUGAUGAAUAACUCAAUUUUAUUGUUCCAUAA